AUGGCAUCAGAAUCGCGUGAUAACCGUGCGACGGGGAUGAGCUUCGUUAAUAUGGCCGAUCGCCACAUUCCUUCACGACUUGUUGGUCAGCAACCUACACCUGGCCUUGAAGAGGGAUAUGAACGUGAUGAGAGAACAAUAACCGAGCACGCAGAUGGUGAUCUGUGCCGCCACGACCAUGAGCAUGAGGGUCUAAGGAAUCGAUACCGCAAGGACGUUGGGGAGGGAGAACACAACAUCUCCAUUCCAGCCAGUUCGAAGCACGCAGAACAGACUGUUGCGCCUUUUCUGGCAGAACACAUCCCGAUGCAGUACAAUCCUCACGGCAACUUGAACGGUUCUAUACCGCCUCAGCAACCAGACGAGCCUCAAGAGGCCAACACGAAAUUCUGCUACCGUCAUCGACCAGACUUGAAGUGCAGACGGCAAGCCAACGAGCCUUCCAUGGACCAACUACAGAACGAGCUCGCCAGUUUGUCUCAGUCCGACCAGCAAGCCAUUUCCCACGUCUGGUCGCUGUUCUCUGCAGCACCCGCCAAACACCGCAAUAUGAUGCUGCAGGGCAUUCUUACCCAAUGCUGCUUUCCACAGCUCUCCUUCAUCUCGGCCAACGUUAGGGACCUGAUUAAAAUCGACUUCUUGGGCGCACUACCGGACGAGCUUGGCUUCAAGAUCCUCUGCUUCCUGGAUACGACAUCACUUUGCAAAGCAGCACAAGUGAGUCAGAAGUGGAGGACAUUGGCCGACGAUGAUGUAGUAUGGCAUAAGAUGUGCGAGCAGCACAUCGACAGGAAGUGCACGAAGUGUGGCUGGGGUUUGCCACUGCUGGAAAGGAAGAGAUUGAGGAUUGAGAAGAGACAAAUACAGCUACGCGCAACAGGGAGAGGCUUGAAUCAAUGGUCACCCGCAAUAACACCAAUACCAGAAGAUUUGUUAAAACAGCAGGAGUUGACGCAUCACCCGCUUGCCUUGAGCGAGCCUUCCUCGAGUACGGGUUCGAAGCGGACUGCCGUGGACUCAGGUCUAGCUUCGCCAGAAUCUGUGAAGCGACAAUGCACACUUACGGCCCAACCUGAAGUAAUAGCAGCGCCGGAGAACGAUUCAUAUUUCACACAAAAGCGCCGGCCAUGGAAGGACGUCUACAAAGAUCGUUUCAAGGUCGGUACAGCCUGGAAGUACGGCCGCUGCAGCACGAAAGUCUUCAAGGGCCAUACCAAUGGUGUCAUGUGCGUACAAUUCGACGACAAUGUCAUCAUGAGCGGGUCGUAUGACAGUACAGUCAAAAUCUGGGACGUCAACACCGGCGAGGAGCUCAGAACUCUGCGCGGUCACACUAGUGGAAUCAGGUGUCUGCAAUUUGACGACAAGAAGGUCAUGACCGGAAGCUUGGAUUGCACGAUCAAGUUAUGGAACUGGCGUACCGGAGAGUGCCUGCGGACGUUUCAGGCACACACUGCUGGCAUCAUCACCUUGCACUUUAGCGGACGAUACGUCGCGUCAGGCUCGAUGGACAGGACGAUCCGUGUCUGGGAUGCAGAAGCAAAGCAGACAUUCCUGUUGCGAGGUCACACCGACUGGGUCAAUUCGGUUCGCGUAGAUGAGCCAUCACGAACGCUCUUCUCGGCCUCGGAUGAUCUGACAGUACGGCUAUGGGAUCUGGACACGCGAGAGUGCAUCAAAGUCUUCGAAGGCCAUGUCGGUCAAGUGCAGCAGGUCUUACCCAUGCCUGCCGAGUUUGAGCUUGACGAAGACAUCUUCGGACCCAGCGACAAGGACGACGAUGCCAGUAGUGUCAGCUCAGCCACACAAGCCGCGCAGCUCUUGCAAGAACACGGACGUGCUUCGCCAGCGCCUUCAGAGAACUUCUGGCCGGAUUGUAGUGAUCGCCCAGCACCACCCAGGUACAUGCUUACAGGCGCCCUGGACUCAACCAUCCGUUUGUGGGACGUGCACUUCUCGCCCACCGCACAGCAGCCAACACCACACUACGCUCGGCCACAGGCGCAGCCGAGCCAUCUCUCACCUUUUAUCAUGCUACCCACCGACCCUCUCACCAACUCGCAUACCCCACGUGCUCAAGCCUGCGUACGAACGUUCUUCGGGCAUGUCGAAGGUAUUUGGGCGUUGGCAGCGGAUCAUCUGAGAUUGGUGAGUGGAAGUGAGGACCGCAUGGUCAAGGUGUGGGAUCCGAGGACCGGGAAGUGCGAGAGGACGUUUACCGGACAUGCAGGCCCAGUGACUUGUGCGUGGUUGAGUGAUUCGAGGGUUGCUAGUGGGAGCGAGGAUUGUGAGGUCAGAAUGUUAUGUUUUGGGGAUUGA